UGCAAUAUCCAACACAAAGGAUGGUGGACAUGGAGAUAAAAAAAGAAGAGGAAACAAAAGAGAUUGAUGAUACAGCAACAGCGGCAGUUGCAGAAGAGAAGAUGAAGCUGAGUGUGGAUGAGGUUAUAGAAAAGUACGUGGGAUCCUUUGGGUUAUCCCAGCUGCUGCAAGUGGUGUUAGUGUCAUUUUCAUGGGUGUUUGAUUCUCAAAACACCUUGGUCACCAUCUUUACUGAUGCUCAGCCAUCUGGUUGGAGAUGUAAAACCAGUGCUAUUAAUGCAUCAUUAUCCUCGUCUUGGUGCAUGAACGACACUGCUGGUGGCGGUGGCAACGAAGGGCAAUUGUCCGGUCAUGUUUGUGGAUUGGCAGCCGGUAGUUGGGAGUGGAUCGGAGGGAAUAGCGCCACCACUAUUGCGGAGUGGGAUCUUAUAUGCCACCGCAAGUUUCUUGCUGCUAUUCCCACUUCACUCUUCUUCAUUGGUUCAAUUCUUGGUUGCACUUUUUAUGGUCGCCUUGCAGACGCGUGGUUAGGUAGAAAGAAAACAUUGUUGCUGGCAUGUAUCUUAACCACCAUCACCACUUUCUUCACCUCCCUUUCACCAAAUGUUUGGAUAUAUUCAUUUCUCCGGUUCGCAAAUGGCUUUGCCCGUUCUGGAAAUGGGAUAUGUUCCAUCGUCCUCUCGAUGGAAGUGGUUGGCAAUAAAUGGCGAGGCCAAGUUGGACAAUACGGUUUCUUUUUCUACACGGCAGGGUUAUUGUCUCUCCCUUUCAUUGCAUAUCCUAUUAGAACCCAUUGGAGGUAUUUAUAUUGGAUCAUAUCCCUUCCCCCUCUUGUAUAUAUGUUUUUGUUAGUCCCUUUGGUAGUAGAAUCACCACGUUGGCUACUUGUUCGAGGGAGAAACAAAGAAGCUCUUGAGGUGUUAAGAAAACUUGCCAGAUGGAAUAGGAAGAAAUUGCCUGACAAUAUAGACCUCAUCAUUCCAUCUCAAGCAACAACAGGGAGUGAAGGUGACAAAAAUACAAUAGGUGAUGAAAACGAAAACAUAUGGACAACAAGAUGGGCUGCUAAGAGAAUGAUUAUAGUAAUGUUAUUCGGCUUUGGGGUUGGCUUCGUCUAUUUCGGAAUCCAAUUGAACACCGAGAAUCUCAACUUCAAUCUCUACUUAACAGUUAUAAUCAAUGCUUUAAUGGAGAUCCCCGCCAUUGUCAUCGGCGGCAUACUAUUGAGCUUCACCAAUCGACGUUUACUUUCAUCAUUAUCAGCCAUUUCAGCCGGUGUUUUGUGUAUCCUUUGCAUCAUUUUCACCACUGCAUCGUCGAAAAACACUAGUAGUAGCAAUUGGCCUCAAUUGACGAUCGAAGCUAUUGGUUUUAUGGCUAGUUCUAUCACGUUCGACGUGUUGAACAUUUACUGCGUCGAGCUUUUUCCUACCAAUGCAAGGAACUUUGCGGUGUCGAUGUCCCGUGCAUCGUUGAUGUUGGGGGCUUCUUUGUCACCUUUAUUGGUCGCGGUCGGCCGUCUUAGUCCGUCGCUUUCAUUUAUUGUGUUUGGGGCUUUUUCUAUUGUAAGUGGAACGUUAAGUGUAUGGUUGCCGGAGACAAGGAAUGCUCCUCUUUAUGAAACCUUAAAGCAACAAGAAGAAGAAGAAGAAGAGAAACAUCGCCGUUUAAGACAGCCCACCAUGGUCUAGUUUUAGAGCAUAGAACUAUGCUAACAAUAAAAAAUUAACCGACCUUGAAGGAACAUCCUUUCUGUAAUAUAAUUAUAAUAAAAUAAAAAUACCCCACCAGAGUCCGACCGGGGGUUGGACCCAGCAUAAUAAAAGGAAGUUCUAAACCCCAAAGUGGGAGACUACUCCUUGAGCCUCCAGUUUUCUCUGAAAUGGGGAUCCAUUUUCUCCCAUUUUGGGACCUCUCCAUUUUGUUUGUUUAUUUAAAAUUAUAUAUGUUUGUUGGGUAAA